GUCAAAUUUCCCAAACCCUACAAAAGAAAGCCAAUCCAGCGUUCAAAACCCAAAAGAAAACAACCUAACAUUCUUUCUUGCGAACGGCGACUCUCUGGAACUCGGACGACCUGAACACUGUCCAGAAAAAUGCCAGAAGACACAGAGUACCGUUGUUUUGUUGGUGGUCUUGCUUGGUCUACAUCUGAUAGAGGACUGAAAGAGGCAUUUGAUAAGUAUGGGAAUCUUCUUGAAGCAAAGUUGAGAAAGCCCAACCUAGCCAAGGUUCCGGACGAGAUCAUGAUUCUGACCGAAGCCGUGGACGUGAUCGUAGUUCAAACUAUGAAGGUGGAGGUAGACGUGGUGGAGGUGGUGGGGGAGACUGCUUCAAGUGUGGCAAACCGGGACAUUUUGCUAGAGAAUGUCCAAGUGGUGAAGGAGCAAGAGGUGGAGGCAGCAGGAAUGGUGGUCGAGAUGAAAGGUCUGGUGGCCGAGAUGAGAGGUAUGGAGGUGGAAGUAGCAGAGAUGGGAGCCGCUAUGGUCCAGAUAGGAAUGGAGACCGGCAUGGGGGGCGCAGCAGCAGAGAUGGUGGAAGCCGUGGGGGUGAAGGAAGUGAUCGCUAUAGCCGUGACCGCUCUGGACCAUAUGAACGAAGGGGUUCUUGAGGAGAUGCUGUUGUGGAUGGGUGGCCUAAAGGAACUGCUGUUGCCGUCUGCAUGGCGGUAGACUUGAUAGCUGCAGCUGUGGUCGUCGUCUGUGUCUUUUCGUGGAUCAGCCUAGUAGAUCCAUUUCUUCAAGUGCAGAACUUGCAUAAAUGUUGUAGUACUUUGUGUUCUCGAAAUGGCGCCUUUGAUGUUUGUGUGACGAGAUGAUGGAUACAAUGGUUGCUUUGACAUGGAAUUGUGAGGUGGCCGUGGCCCUUGUUCGAUUGAGUUUAAUUUGACAUCUGGGUUCCUACGACCUUUGUGCUACCAGCUGCAAAAUCAUAAACAUGCUCAACAGUUCAUUUGAUCAAUUUGCGUUGGCAAGAACCAUUGAUAUGGAUUGGCAUUUGGAGGAACAGUAACCCUACUGCAUACUGUGCUUGAAGUCUGAAACCUUGGGUGUUUGUGAGUAGAAGGCGGCUUAAACAUGAGUGACUAGUUGGUUAGAAAACCGGAAUGGGCCGGGGUUGAUGAUAUAUUAUGGUCUUUCUGGGUGCAUAUUUGGACUUAGUCUGUUGCUCAUAACAGAAGUACUUUCUCUUUUAAAAUACUGCUGAGGUCCUUUUGUGGGGGCAGCAGAGCUUAACUAUAAGGCACCAAAUGACGUUAUCCUGUUCAUGAGUGGUGUUCUUGUCGAACAGAUGGAAGUGUCGAGCAAUAGUUCUUGGUCUUUCGUCUUCUGGAUCUUCUUCCAAAGAGGAGAUACUUAUGCUCCAGUCCUUUCUGUGGCUGUUUCUUUUGGUUGGUACUUUACAGAUAGGCAUACACAUUGGAAGUAUUUUGUCCGUGUCAUUUGAGGAACUGUUUUCUAUAGGUUCAGAACUUACAGGUAUCCUUCACGCAGAAGAGGCUUCUGCUCAUCUUUGGUUCCAUAUUGGUCUUCUAUCAUUUGUUCGCUUAAAUCGUUCUUAACUUGACUGCAUAUUCACCUCGUAGCAGAUGGCAAUUUUCGAGAUUUUACUUUCACUGUCUUGCCAGUUUUGUAUUGUACAAUAAAGGUUUAGUGAGUUUUGGAUUCUUUGUACAGCCAGUAGAAAUUCUGGGAAAACAAUCAGGCAAUCUUGGUGUAUGGGUUUGAGAGUUGCUUAUUUUCAGCCCUUCAUGGUUUUCAAACUCUCUGUCUUCUCUGUACUAAGCUUUCUCUCAUCUAGCAAGGGUUGUUUCUGGUGUUUCUCCAGAAUCAGCAGCAACUUUCUCCCUAGUGGGUUGAAGAUGUCUCUUUCGUAGUUUGUUCUCUAUCUGCUGCUAUGAAGAUGUUCCUUUUGUGG